ACAAAGGGCAAUCGCUUGCCGCGUGCGCUCUUCGCCGUUUUUCCGCGGCAGCGCUCGUGUUAUACUUUUCCUAUGUUUUGCUAUCUCACCUGCUUCUAAUUUUACAACAAUGGAGGCGAUUAACCAGCUUUUACUGGAGUAUCCUGAACUAAUGUACACUGGGAUCGGAGUUACGGCGAUUGCCACCGGAGGAACGCUGCUCUACAGACUCGCCACCAGAAAGAAGCCGAUACAUGCAAACGUGAACUGCUGGUUCUGCAAUGAGAACACAGUGGUUCCUUAUGGUAACAGGAACUGCUGGGACUGUACCAACUGUGACCAGUACAAUGGCUUCCAGAGUAAUGGGGAUUACAACAAACCUAUUCCAGCUCAGCACAAUGAACAUCUGAACCAUGGAGUAUGUGGCAGCCUCCCCUCAUCUGUGACACCCCAGACACAGCAAUGGGUCAACUGUCAGAUGCUGCUCUGCAAGAAAUGCAAUAACAACCAGUCAGUAAAGAUCAGGCAACUGGCGUCAUUUAUCCCAAGGGACGAGGAGAACUAUGAUGAAGAAAUUGAGGCCUACAAGCAUCACCUUGAGCAGACCUAUAAGUUAUGCAGGCCUUGUCAGACAGCUGUGGAGUACUACAUCAAAUAUCAGAACCGACAACUUCGCACUGUGCUCCUAAAUCAUCAGCUGAGGCGCACUCGAGAUGCAGACAACGGGUUCAUAAAGAGCUCCUGUUCUGUGUCCUCUCCCCUCGGGGUCGUGAUGCUACGUGCCCUCACCUUCCUUAUUUGUGGGUUCCUCCUUGCUACAUCUUUCUACGCAUCCCCGGACCAGCUUACUUCACCUGCUGCACAGACACUAAGUGGUGGGAUCAUUCCUCCUAAGCCAAAAGCCUCUAACAAGUCCUCCUCCAUUAAUGAAACCAGCGGAGGUGUUCCCUUGUGGCAGAGUGUGAAGGAGCUUCUCCCGGACAAAGCCAUCGAAAGCGCCAGGCUCGUGUGGCAGCACGGACGAGACAACCAGCUAGCUGUGGUCUCUGUCGGCCUAGUGACUUGUCUUACUACUAUCUUCUUAGCUGGACCCGUGAGGUUGAGGAGAAUUGACGCCGCGGCCUCAGUCCUUUGGUUCCUCACUCUGCUCCUCUACUUGGCUGAAAGCUACGUGACUGGUACCUUAAGCUGGAUGGACACUGCAAAGCUCAGUAUCCUCUCCCUCUGUUGCCUUGUCAGCUUUGCUGCCGCUGUGGCAAUUCGAAAGCCCCUUGGUCCAAGAAGAGCCAGAUAUCGAAGGUCAGAAUAUGAGCGAUGAUGUUCCAAUGUGUAUUUAGAUGCAGGCUUUUGUAGAGGGUUCUCUUUCUUUUAGAGAAUUUUAUUUAUCAGAACUAGAUCAAAACAUAGGAAUCUAUACGUGUCAAUUUGAGCAUUUUUACGCCUCAUCUCCCUAAACUAAUGUGUGAGUGACUAUGAGGUUUGGACAUAUAAAUGAUAAACCUAAAACACGUGACUGUAUCUGUGAGCUGUGAUCAUAAGAAAACACGAAUCCUACUUUUUAAAAUACUGUACAUCAAAUACUCACCUUCAAGCACACAUGCACAUCUCCUACAGUUACCCAAUGUGUUUUGGGGUUUGAGAAUUUUAAACUUUUUUAGUCUUCGAAGAAUAUUGUGAUCAAAUAGGAACAACCUAAAGAAAAGAAAGUAAUUUAUUUCACAAACUGUGAUAUGUUUCUCCAAAAUGUUCCUGUCAUUUAAUCUCUAACUAAUUGAAUUGCGUAUUUCAUACUAACCCAAACACAUGUGUGACUGACUGAGUGGUAGCUAAUGAUGAAGUGGUAGUUGAACAUUAAAGUCCCAAACUAUUACUUAACCCUCUUGUAGACCGUGUAAAUCUUAAUUAUUUUGAGUGUACUUAUUUAUUGAUUUGUGUAUCUACUUGUUGCAUGAAAUACUAAUCUGUGAAGACCCUUCAAGCAGUUUUCAAGAUGUGGCUCUGCAACACUCCCGUUCUUUUCUAGUACUACUUGAGAUAUUUUCUGAAAGGCGGUCGUGACUCCUCUGAAGACAUGUUGAGUUUUAACUCAUGCCUGUGCGAUUUGUGAAUUUAUUGACAUUUUUGGAAUUGCAUUAUUUAACAGCGACAGCCACAGCGUAGGAAUAUCAAACAAUCAAUCAUUAUUUGUUUAGAGCAAAUUCAUAACAACUGUCGUCUCGAGUCGCUUUACGAAAGAGCGUUAGGGGUUAAUAUGAAGGAAGGAUUUCUACAUUGUAUUCCUGUUGUCCACACUUCCUUGUGAGGUGGAAGUCGGAGCAGGCUGUGCAUGAAUGAUAACAAAAGUAGCAGUACUAGCUUCCCAUUUGAAGGGAUCAUUCCUCCUUUUUGAGUAUUCACUGAAUGUACAUACAUAUGUUACUGUCUGCUUGAUCAAAGCUGGUGUCUCUUGAUGACUACCAGGCCGGUGUAAUGUAGAACUGUAAGAUUCAAACAUAUAGUAGGUUUUUAUCUAAACGAGCCACUACACACUCAUCAGUAUUAGAAAAGUAGGAUGUUCACUGUCUACAGAUAAGUCCUAAUUAAAAGGUUAUCUUUCGUCCAAACAAUUUAGAACACAGAACCAAAAUAUAAACACAAAUGUUUUUGUUUUUGCUUCAAUAUCUUACAAGUUGAAAUCAAAGAGCUAAGCAUUUUUCUAUGUACACAAAAGGCCAAUCCCUCUCAAAUGUUCAGUAUCUGGUGUGGCCUACCAUUUGCCAAAGAUGUACAGAUGACAGCAAGCAUGCAGAUGAGCUUCCCUGAGACGGUUUCUGCACAGUUUGUGCAGAGAUUCUUUGCUUGUGCAAACCAGUUCUUUCAUCAGCCCGGUGGCUGGUCUGAGACGAUCUUGCAGGUGAAGAUGCCAGAUACGGCGUGGUUAAACGUGAUCUGAGGUUGUGAGGCCGGUUGGAUGUACUUCCAAAUUCUGAGAAACCACAUUUGAGAUGGCUCAUGGGGGCGAUAUAAACAUUCAAUUAACUGACAACAGCUCUGGUGGACAUUCCUGAGUCAGAAUGCAGAUUACACACUCCCUCAAAACUUGUCGGUCGCAGUUUGCUGUGUGAUAAAAGUGCACGUUUUGAGUGACAUUUUAUGGUGACGAACUUAAGGCACGCCUUUGCAAUAAUCAUGCUGUCUGAUCAGCAUCUUUAAAAUGCCACAGAACUGUCAGGUGGAUGGAUUAUCUCAGCAAAGGAGAAGAGCUCACUAACACACAUCUGAACUGAGCGCUCAAAAUUGAGAGGAAUAGUCCUCUUAUGUCCAUAGAAAUAGUCUUAGAUCUUUGGUUUCAGCUCGAGAAAAAUAGCAGCAUAAACAAAAGUGUUGCAUUUAUAGUUUUGUUCAUUUUAGUUUGAAUUAUGUUUCUUUUAUAAUCGUUUUAGAUAUUCAAACGCAGAUGUGUCUAACACUCACAUAAUGCUCCUCUUGAUCUAGUAACACUAAACUUUCCUAAACCGGCUGUCUAAUGUGUUGAUUUAUGAAACACACUGUUGGACCAGCUGCAUGCACUAACAUCACAUCUCUAGACGAGUUCGUUCUGUUGACAUGAUUUGUUUUACUAUGUUGGAAUGGACAAAGGUGAUUUCUAAUGAAGUGAUGGUAGUGUUUAGAGUUAUUAGAAACUAAUAGAUGUGCAGUAGAGUGUUUUUGGAUGUUGUAUGCUGGGUAGAGUGCAGUGACUGUUGGGUCUGUUUUGCAUGUUAAGAUGUGCUGUAGAUGAAGUCAUGUUCUCAAACCAGUAGUCUCUUAGCUUUAGAUUUGACAUUUUGACAGUCAAAAACAUGACAUCAGGAGGUCAAGAGAAAUCAUUGUACAUGUAUAAUGGUUACAUAAAGAGUACUUUGAAGUUUCAAUCCUCCUAUGUUUAAAAAAAUGUGAUAACAUUGUAAAAUGAUAUUCAUCAUGCUAAUUUUAUAUUCAUCAUGCUUUAGCUAUAUUUACCUGGGUCUGUUUACACUACAAGUUAACAUCUGUCCUGGGUGAUUGGAUCACAGAUGGACAGAUCUAAGUAAGUCAGAAAACACCUGAGAAUAGGAUGCGUCUGGGACAUCAGAUAGUAUAGACUCUAGAGGUCAUGUCGUGCGUCCUCAUUAACAGAGGCUCCAGUCCUUGUCGCAGCGGCCAUGGGUUUGAAUCCAACAUCGGCCCUUUGCAGCACGUCAUCCCCCAAUCUCCUGUCCCAACAAUUCCUGACUCUCUUCAGCUUUCUUAUCCAAUACAGAGAUAAUUCACUCAUGAAAUAGAGAAUUUUCAGGUAGGAAUGACAGGAAAGUGGUCUGUCCAUAAAAGCCUUACUGUGGGACUAGGCACUAUUUUCAUCAUUACCCAAGACAUAUCUGCAUAUUCACGACUAAAUAAUUGUGGCCAAAUGUGUUUAAGUCCAGCUCAAUGACAUUCUAGCAGUCAGAGCUAAAGAAUCUCUUAAGUGCAUUCACAGAU